GCGAGAGGCAGCGUUUCCCGGCUUGCUCUCAUCCCCACACUCUGAGCAGCGGACGUCCUCGUCGCAACUAUGUCUCUCAACCAGUACGGGCCCAUUGCAGGCCUCGUCGGUCAAGCCUACGACUCCUUUGCGUCCAUGUCCGCCACAAAUCUCGCCCUCUUCCUCCUUGUCAACAUUCCCGUGCUUUCAAUUAUUAGCAACGCCAUCUACCAGCUGUUACCGAAGGACAAGUCGCUGCCUCCGGUAGCGUGGCAUUGGAUUCCGUGGUUUGGCUCUGCGGCCGCGUAUGGACAGGAUCCCAUCAAAUUCUUCUUUGACUGCAAGGAGAAGUAUGGCAAUGUCUUCACCUUUAUCCUUUUGGGACGUAAAGUCACUGUGGCGCUCACAUCCGCUGGCAACAACUUUAUCAUGGGUGGGAAGCACACGACCUUUUCUGCUGAGGACGCAUACACACAUCUGACAACCCCCGUCUUCGGUAAAGACGUCGUGUACGACUGUCCCAAUGAGCUCCUCAUGGAACAGAAGAAGUUCGUCAAGUUCGGCCUCUCGACAGAGAACUUCCGUCAAUAUGUCUACAUGAUCGAGGACGAAGUCACUCAGUUCAUGAAGAACGAUGCUGGCUUCAAAGUUUUCCAAAUGAACGACAUCAACGAAUGGAGCUCUUUCGACGUCCUGAAGGUUAUGUCGGAGAUUACGAUUCUGACCGCUUCUCGCACUUUGCAAGGCAACGAAGUUCGGGCCAAAAUUACCAAAGAGUACGCUCAGAUUUACAGCGACCUAGAUGGCGGCUUCACCCCUCUUCACUUCAUGUUCCCUAACCUUCCACUCGAAUCCUACCGCAAGCGUGAUGCAGCGCACAAGAAGAUUAGUGAUUUCUAUAUCAGCAUCAUACAGAAGCGUAGGGCGAAUCCUGGUCAGGAGGAGGAGCACGACAUGAUCGCUGCCCUCAUGGACCAGAAGUACCGUGCCGGCCGCCCUCUCAAGGAUCACGAAAUCGCUCAUAUCUUGAUUGCUCUUCUCAUGGCUGGUCAACACACCAGCUCGACCACGGCCUCUUGGACUCUCCUGCACGUUGCCGACCGCCCGGAUAUCGCCGAGGCUCUCUACGAGGAACAGGUCAAGCACUUCCGUCAACCUGACGGUACCUGGCGCACUCCCGAGUAUGAAGAGCUCAGGGAGCUGCCAAUUCUCGACUCUAUCAUCCGGGAGACUCUCCGUAUCCAUCCACCGAUCCAUAGUAUCAUGCGCGUUGUCCGCGAAGAUGUCGUCGUCCCUCCUACGCUCGCCGCUCCUUCUGAGGACGGUCGCUAUGUUAUCCCUAAGGGCCACGUCGCGAUGUCGUCUGCGGCCAUCAGCCAAGUCGACCCCAUGCUCUGGAAUAACGCGAAUGAAUGGGAUCCCUCGCGCUGGUCGGACCCCGAGGGCGUCGCUGCGCAGGCGUAUAAGCAGUACGACGACGCCGAUGGAGCCAAAGUCGACUUCGGCUUCGGUCUCGUCAGCAAAGGCACGGAGAGCCCCUACCAGCCCUUCGGCGCCGGCCGCCACAGGUGUAUCGGGGAGCAGUUCGCGUAUCUCCAGCUUGGCGUCAUCGUCUCCACUAUCGUUCGUCAGAUUGAGAUGAGGCUGCCCGAGACUGGCGUGCCCUCGCCGAACUAUCACACAAUGAUCACGCUACCGAAGACACCCUGCAACAUCCUCUACAGGCGGCGGAACUUCGACUAGAAGAAUGCAGGUCAAAUUCGUGUCGUAUAUUAGUGCUGUAUACCCAUCUAGAGCAUGGACUAAUACCGCUACAUCUAACGGAUCAUGUGAUCACGGCUUACUGGUACACCUUGAUCUUCAAAAUCAUCCGUGCUGGUACACCGGUGUACAAGGUUACGCAAAGAAUAAAUUAUAUGCACGUGCAGC